CAGACCGGAAUAGCCACUGAUCGAGCUGUGUUGAUACUAGCACUAGCUAACACUAGCACUAGCGGGCACUGGUUACCAAAUGUCAUGGCGUUGCUCAAGCAAAGCAGCGGUUUAGUUGGCCGCUUUUCCACGAACCACCCAUGGCUGGCAACUACAAGUCUGGGUCAUGUUUACACAAGAAACAUGUCAUCUGCGACCAAGUCGUCCCCAAUCCGGGUUGACAGAAGUAAAGAGUUACUGGGUCAUGAUGACGAAGACGGUCCUUCGCUGCAGGACUUUAUUUCAGGGGAACUCUCCGAGAAAAGCAAAUGGGCAGAGUACCGAGGCAACCUGAAGAGGCAGAAGGGCGAGAGACUACGACUGCCUCCAUGGCUGAAGACGGAGAUCCCGAUUGGGAAGAACUACAACAGGCUGAAGAACACACUGAGAGACCUCAAUCUUCACACUGUAUGUGAGGAAGCCAGGUGUCCUAACAUUGGUGAAUGCUGGGGUGGAGGGGAGUACUCUACAGCCACAGCCACCAUAAUGCUGAUGGGAGACACAUGUACCCGUGGAUGCCGGUUUUGUUCAGUUAAAACCGCUCGCUUGCCACCGCCACUUGACCCCGAAGAGCCGUACAAUACAGCCAAGGCUAUUGCUGCGUGGGGGCUGGACUAUGUGGUGCUCACUUCUGUGGACAGAGACGAUAUUGCAGAUGGAGGGGCGACGCAUUUUGCAAUGACUGUUUCCUACCUGAAGGAAAGGAAUCCUCUCAUCCUGGUUGAAUGUCUAACACCAGAUUUUCGGGGCGACCUCGCAGCAGUGGAGAAGAUCGCCCUGUCAGGUCUAGACGUGUACGCCCACAAUGUAGAGACAGUCCGUGAGCUGCAAAGGCAUGUACGAGACCCUCGAGCCAACUUUGACCAGUCUUUGAGCGUCCUGAAGCAUGCCAAAAAGGUCAAUCCUUCCGUGCUCACCAAGACAUCCAUCAUGCUGGGUCUGGGAGAGACUGACCAACAAAUACACAAUACACUGACCACACUCCGUGAGGCUGGAGUGGACUGCCUCACCCUGGGACAGUACAUGCAACCCACUAAACGCCACUUGAAGGUGGAGGAGUAUGUCACUCCAGAGAAGUUUGCACACUGGGAGAAAGUUGGCAUGGAAAUGGGCUUUCUCUACACUGCCAGCGGGCCGUUGGUUCGAUCCUCCUACAAAGCAGGGGAGUUCUUCCUAAAGAAUCUGCUGAAGAAGAAAAAAGCAGAUUUCGUCACAACAGAAUGAGAAGCGACAAAAGCAAAACAGCCACUGCUUCUUUCUAUAUCGGCAUUUUAAUACAAAUCCACUUUACACCAGCACUAUCAUGUAUUGUUUCAAACCGCAGCAAAGCACAGAAAAUAAAUAGCAGAUGAACUUGAUUUUUAAAGGUCAAAUUAAAAAAAUGGUGCAGGAGGUGAAAGACCUUUUCAUUUUAAAGAUGUCUACCAGCACAUCUUGGUAGUUAAAUGAAGCCGUUUUAUUUAAAUCAACAUAAAUGUGAGAUUAUUUAUGAUACCUAAAUAAACCAAUGCCUGUACUCAACUGCAAAGUGUUGACAGUACUUUAAAAUGUAAAUGUGUACUUCAUUUAUACUGUACCAUUGUAUCGGAACAAUUUGCAAUUAAGGUCUUGACCACUUGACUGGUGACCAGUCCAUAGCAGCCUGAAGGUCACUUGAUGACGGGCGGUGACAAUAUUGUCUUGGGUGUGGACGGCCCCUAAGCAAUGAGGUAUGUUUUCGUCCUGUGGUACAUUGGAUAUUUCAUAAUCAUAUUGAGGACUCAUAUUCUUUUUUAUUUUAUUGCAAUGGCCCUUUCAUAGAUCAUACAGAGGACAUAGAUAUACACUGAUAAAAAAAAUCGUAUAAAAUUUUACAGUUCAGCAUCAACGCUUGUCUAUGUAGUAAAUACUGUAGCAAAGCAGUCUAUGCAAAGGAGACAUAAUCGCAACUUUGCAUGUCUAACUGCUUGAUGAGUUCAGCAUUUGAUGUAAAUGAUCUGUGUGUAUGUGUGUGGAAUGGUUCAACACAGAUUCAACAUAUUCCAACCA